CCCGACGGCCCAGGAAUCGACUUCCCACUGCUAAUCGACCCCUCGGGGGUCUACUGUCGCAGAGAGGGUUUAGGAGGGAAUUUCAUUUGUGGCCGCAGUCCCAACCAAAAUGAAGAGCCCGAUGUCAGCAAUUUAGACGUCGACUACUCGUACUUCGACUCUAAAGUAUUCCCGCAAUUGUCUCAUAGAGUGCCCUCAUUUGAAACGGCAAAACUGAAGGGCGCGUGGAGUGGGUAUUACGAAUACAACACUUUCGAUCAGUUGCCUAUCAUUGGCCGCGAUUACUAUUACGGUAACAUGGCGUGGGCCACGGGCUUCAGCGGACAGGGCAUACAAAUGGCGCCGGCAGUGGGCCGAGCCAUGAAUGAACUCAUAUUCGACGGCGACUAUCAGACAAUAGAUUUGAGUCGCUUCUCGUGGGAGCGCUUAAUGCAUAAGAAGCCG